AUGAUGUCGGUUCUUCGCCCAGUGAGGGAUACGGCAGUGGAGCUGCCGUGGAAGUUGCUUGUUGCCGCCGCACAGCCGUAUCAAACGAUCUCGGGGCCUGCGCUUUCUGUGAACUUCCUCCAGCAGUCAAACCUUAUGUCGUUUCAGCGCCUCCCUUUUCAUCACUGCGGUGUCUCGGGCCGGUACUACCACUCGCUUCUGCAUAGCCUUGCGGAGUUUGCGACAACACCGAGGCCUGUGCGUGACAGCCACGUGAAUAUGCUGCAUGCCCCCAUGGAGGACUUUUGGCGAGCUGUGGGGGUUCUUAAUUGCGUAUACCUCACACACUAUUUUCCGUUUAUUCAGGAGCAUCCGGCAAUGGGGGCAGUAGAGUUGGCGCUGCCGUCGCACCGCAAGCAGAAGGAUCUGCGUUUGUCGCUUUACAGUGGCACGCACCAGCCCAUAUCUACGAUGCUUCUUACAGGCUCUUAUAGUGGCGUGCUUGUAGGGCGAGAGGAUGAUCUUGUGACGCCGCUGCCUCACAGCGACCAGGAUGAGGAGUCGUUGAGGCUUGCAACUACUGGGGAAGUGCGGCAGUUGGCUGACGGAUCGAUCCUGCAAAAGGCAAUCUUCACGAAUGUCGGGCAACAGAGCAGCGAUGUGGUUUCACCGUGGCGGCUGGAUGCUUGCGUCGCCGAGUUUUGUCAAAUACUGGCGUCCGCAGGCCUGCUGGCGCCACAUGUCACCAGUGAGAGGAACCGCGUGUGGACCAUCGUCGCCCAGCAGGCAUUGACCCACGGGGAACUUUUGACCGAUGCGCCGUUUGAUGUUGUAAGCGCCAUACCUCGUGUUUUUGCAACGUAUCGUAUGCCGCCGUGGCGUCAUCGCAUUGGAUUGCCAUCGUUCAGCGGUGAACAGCAGCCGCUGUGUGUUGCGUUGCGUGUGGAACUGCGACAAGACGGUCGCACGUUAGUGGUGGGGACGUACUUUCUUGUGGAGGUGGAGGGACGUAUGGGAUAA